GUUGUCAAAAAGGAGGACAAAUUGACGGGCUCGGGUUUUCUUUCUUGAAUAAUUUUACUUUUGUUGGUCUCCAUAGGGCUAUUUAUAAAUCCAAAACAAAUAAAAGUAUUUAGUCUUUGUAAGUUAGUCGACGGAAAUACACCAUGUUAUAUCACUCGCGGGCCGGUCCGAUUGUGAUCGUUGUGACUGGAUAAAUUGAUCAAAUGAAUGUAAAUAAUAAAGCAAUAAAAGGUCGGUGUUAAGUGAUAUCUCCGCGUAGGAGUAAUAUGAUGCGAGUGCGGAGGCAUGCGGCGUGAGGAGCUGCGAUUUCUGCUGAUGAAGAGUGAUAUUUGAGAGUAUGGCGGAGGGCGGCGAGCGGGUGUCGCGGCCGAGCUCGCUGCUGCUGGAGGCGACACCGCCAGAGCGCGAGCCUCUGCGCUUCGACGUGCAGCUGGUGGGCGCGCCGCCCGAGGUUGAGCAGCUCGUCAACAACAUCAAGCAAGUGGCUGAAGACUUCCUUUAUCAUUGGAAAACCUUCCCCAUUAUCCUACCCCAGUCCCGGUUCACGGGGACCGGCAACCGUCCGUCAGACAUCAUCGUCGCGCCGCCAUGUGACGAACUGGACGCCGCGGCCCUCGACGCGGGCCUGGAGCCCCACCCUCUCUCACCCAAACAACUACACGCUAUCAGGGAGAAGGGCGAGUUCGAAGUGCCGUCGCGCCACUUCCCAGGACAGACGCACGUGUGGCGCGUGGCGCCGUGGCUGCAGCGCGGGAGGGAGCGCGCCAGGGAGGACCUGUACUGCCACGUGGCGCGGGCCACUGCGCUGGUUGUGGUGGUAGCGAGGGACCGCCUGGUUCGCGACCAGCCGCUGUCUGCCAUCGCCGGCGCAAAGGCGCUACUCGCUGGAUUGCAUAGACUUUUAGACCUUGCCGUUGGUAUGCCCUCACUAGAAGCCAGAGAUCUUGAAAAGAAGAUACGCGAAGAAAGAUCUAGAUAUUUAGUUGCCGAACUUAUUUGUAAGCCCGAACACCAAGAAGACAUAGCAGCGCUUGCCGCGUGGGUGACGCGCGCGAUGCGGCGCGCCGCCUCAGAGAAAACCGACGCUAGAGAGACGCCGCGCAACGCGCCCCGAGUGCCGUGCAUAUACACCACACCACAACGAACUACGGUGGACUUGCGUCUAUACCGUCGCGACAUCCUCCGUCGAGCGGCUCCAUCCUUGCAAGCGAUCUUGGAUCGCGAGUCCCGCGGCUGGUUCCUGCACUUCCGCGAGCGCCGCGCCGCGCUACUAGCCAGCCAGAAGAUGCCCAUGAAGGAUAUUGAAGAGGAGGUAAAGACGGCGGCGAUGCGGGAGUACGUGACCCGGGUAUGUAACGCGGUUAUGUCAUGUGAGCAGCUGCACGCCCUGGGCCCCGACAUCCCCGCCUUACUCGCCGCGCAGCUGAAGGCAGCUUCCAUCGUCAACAGAGCAGAAGAAGGGGUCCGUCGGAAGCUGGAAGCCGGGCUGGCGACGGCAGAAGCGAGGAUAUGUGCGACGCACCCCAUACUGUCUAGAGCCGACACGUGGCGUAAAGAGAAACUAGGGAUCGCUGCACAAAGGUUAAAGAACGAACUCCGCUGGGCGCCGAUGGAGGAUGCGGCGUCGGCGAUGCAAGCUCACAAGUUGCACCAGCACAGAUACUUCCUGCUGCGGGACCUCACCUUCUUGAGGGACCGAGAACCUUUACUCAUGAAGGAGCUGAGAGCGGCCAAGACGCCGACACGCGAGUUCACGUGGGCGACACGCAUCUGGCUUCCUCAACAGUGGACUGUGGUGCGUCACUUCCGUGGCCGCAGCGAACGCAUCCCCACCGUGCUCUCCUCCCGUGCCACUUCAAUAGUCACCCCGCGCUCCGACCCUUCGCAACCUGUGUUCCUGGUAGACAAGGAGCGUAUACGCACCUCCAGCACCCGCUGGCCGGGCUGGAGACUGCUCAACACGGCGCACAGAACGUGGUGUUGGAGUUGGAACAUGAUGUUCCUGCUGGGAGUCCUAAUACCUUGGUGUUCUCCGUUCUCCCUGCGCACCUUGCUAUCUGUCAAACCAUUUGUUCCCGACUACGAACUCUCGCAGGUGAACGGCACGCUGUUCCCGAAGCGCAGUAGCGAGACGCAGACGAUGUGGUCUCGCCUGCUGACGCUGUGGCGACACGUUUCCAAGGAGCGGACCAGGUUUGAGACCGAGCCCGACACAGGUCUCCUCGGCAAAGGUUUGAGUCGGCAAGCGAACCGCAUGUGGAACUACGGCGUAGUCGGUGGUCUGGGGUCCGUAGCACUCCUGCUACUGUUUCCGAUCGUAGCAGUGGUGUGUAGCGUGGUGUCGCUGUUGGCGGCCGCUACGGUGCCGCUGUGGAUGCCGGCGCUCACGGCCGCAGUACACGCCGCGAACGCGCUCGUAUACGACCUCGACUGUCCCCAGCCGAACACAAUCAACAGAUUUUUCGUAUUAUUCGAAGUGGUAAUAUGGCAGAUCGGCAUCCUGGGUAUACUGCAGCCGAUCACAGCGUUCAUAGUUGCAGUCAUCAUCUGUCCGCUCUGCGCUUUUAUAUUAUUAGUUGGUGGAGUGCUAUGGUGGGGUUGCCGCGGCGUGUGGGAGGAGAUAUCGUGGCGCUGCAUCAUCACGCGGGCGGCGCGUGUGCCGGCGCACGACUCCGCCUUCUGCCGCCGCCUCACCGGGCCCGGCCUGCACACGCGCGCCUACUAUCAGAUCACGUCCGGCCAAGCAUUAGCAGCAGUAUGUGCCAGAGGCGAGCUAGAAUCUUUAGCGUCGUGGGCGUCUGAGAUAGAGCUUGCAAUAGAACGCCCCUUGAGGGACUACGCGCACUUUGUUGACGCCUGCUUCGGGCCCUUCUCCGUGCAGAUUGCUAAGACUGGAGCAUACAAACAGUUAGAGAAAGAAUGCUCAGAGCUGACGGCUUCACUCCGAGAGAAGGUGUCGACUCGGCGCCGGGAGCUGGCGCUCGGGCUGAGCGACUGUGCGCGUGCGCGAGUGCGCAUGGUCUCGCACGACUUGCGGCGCGCAAUACAAGCGUCAGCAUCGGAGUUAUCUCGCUUGUGGAGCUUGGCGGCGCGCAGCGAGGAGUGGUGGGCGGCGCGCGGACUGGAUCCCGGCGACUGGCACGGGCUGGCUGCCAACAUGCUCGUGGAGGUGUUCGACACAGAGGUGCUGGUAGCGCUAGAAGAGAGUGAAGCUCGACUGCCGCUGGAGAGCGGCGAGGGCGCAAGAGUGUGGACGGCACGCUGCGGCCGCGACGCCGAGCCACCCGACGUGCUGGCCGAGAGAGACGACUGGAGGAGAGACACUGCAGGCUCGUGGGGCGAGUGGUGCGGGGCGGCGGCGCCGCGCGUGCCGGCGCCCGCGCUGGACGGCGCCGCCUUCAGCCCGCGCGCCGCGCCGCACCCGCCCGUGCCGCACCCCGCGCUCGUGGCGCUCGUGCUGCACAACAGAGAAUCGGACAACCCUGUACCGUUGGAUUCGGAGCUGUGUGCGGAAAUACUCAGAAGUUUGGAAGAUGCGCCCGACUGUGAUGAUAGACGAGCAGAGUAUGUAGAGAGAUACCGCGGUGGAGGCAGCGAGGAAGGCACCAGCGAGGCCACCAGUGAAGGCUCGCCCGACGACGAGGACGCGCGCUCGCACGACACGCGCGCCAGCGUCGAGCCCGAGCGUCCGCACUCCGCGCUGUGCAGGGUGUCCCCAGUCCGUGAACGCGCGGCAUGUCGUUGGACGCUAACAGGACGAGGCGUAAGAUUACGCGCCGACCUCGCAAGCCCUGAAGACGUCACACUGGAUGCCGAGCGCGCGCAUGUUGGUACAUCUGUCUGAAAUCCUGCUGCCAACAACAAGGCUGUAAGGCUCAGAUCUUUGCUUCUCCUUUUUAAAAAUUGUGUCAACGUGACUGGUUAUGUUGGCAACAUUGGAUUGUAUUCGGUAUUGAAGUUAUUUGAAAAAAAAAAAACAGAUUUCUUCUAUUGUGAGCUAAUUUGUCGCUCUAAUUUCCUAUGCAAAAGACUAUUCAAACAUUUAAUAAGCGGAGUUUAAAAGUGAAGUCUGAAAGAUUGUCAAUAAACACACAGUAUUUUCUUACCCACGGGUAUUGGACGGAAGAUCCUCGAAUUUUCCUUAAAAUUUACCAGGAAAAGUAUGAAGAUUUCCAUGAAAGCGAAAAUCGUGUGCCAUGAUGGUAACAAAAUGGAAUUCUGUGGUCUCUGCCUGUUGGACAUAAGUAUUUUUUUUUUCUGUUCUUAUGGAUAUGUGGGUCAUUACCGCGUUCCCUAUUACACGAUAUAAUGAAUUAUUUUGACCCUCAAACUUCAUUUUAUUUCUACUACAAGCUAAUCUGAUUAUUUUACUUUACCAAUUAAUUAUUCUAAUGUUUUUCAAUGCUUAUUUACUAAAGCCUCAAGGCUUGGACCUCAAAAAUGUAACUUAAGCGUAAGGAAUAAGGAUAAUAUACUAUGCAAAUGAAAGGCAGGGUUGGAUGUUAAAGCAAGACUUGUUAUACCUCAGCUCAAGUGCACUUGUCUCAACAACGAUAGUGCUAAUUGUAAGACGGUAUGGUUCAAAUUCGUGUAACAUUAGCUUAUGGUAAUUCAAGUGAAAAUUUUGACGACAACGUUAAAUUGGUAGUUUCCAAGGUCAAAGAUAGAUUAUGAAAUCCUGAUUACUAAGUAAAGACAGACCUAAAGGUGACAAAAAAUGUUUCCUAAUAAAAAAAUGAAUUUUAAUAAAGAAAAAUGCGACAUUUUGUCACGUUUUUCUAUGACAUCACAGGUUGCUUUGUCAUACAAAUUCCAAUUUCUUGUUUUGACGUUUAGUAAAAAGUAACUGAUUUGACUAGUUGAAAACUACCCUAUUAACAUUAUAGACUAACAACUUACUUCUAUUGAGUGUAUUUAAGAACAUUUGAUCUGAUUUUAUAUGCAUUUACUCCUUCGUAACUACUACUCACUGAAGGACCUAUAUAGUUCUUCUUCUAUCGUGUGGGUUGUGAGGUGAAUUACCAACCUCAUCAACCCUGGUGUCAGGGUUAUUAUUGAGCCGCCGUAGGCCCCUGACACGGCUCGUGUAACGACUACUUAAUUACAUCAGUAUGUAGUAACCGGGAUCAACGAAUUAACUUGCCUUCCGAAGCACAGAUCAUCUUACUUUUUGGACAAUCAGGUGAUCGGUCUGUAAUGUCCAUACAACAUAUAACAAAAAGAUAGUAGCAAACUGAUAAUUUACAUUAAUUCAGUGAGUUGUAGUACCGGAACUUGGGACUUGUUUGGCCUGCCGGCAUUUAUUUCGAUCUCUCACAAAAAUAAUGACAAAAUUAAUUUAUUGUUUUAAUACUUGCACAACUUUAUUUAUUUUAAUCGUAAUAAUAUUGUGACUAAACGUAUUGUUUGGCAUUUAAUUUUUUUUGUAUUCUACGUUAUAUAGAAGAGAGUAAAAACUAUGUAAUAGAUAUAUAGGUUCGGCCUAAGAAAACCCCAAAUUAUGGGAUACCUCAAAUAAUAUGGAUAAGUGAAUGUUUAUUGAACUUUUUGUAAAUACUAACAAUGUGUUCUGUAUGAAGUGGUUUGCCUUGACAGCAAUAUGGGUCGGUUAGGUCUUAAAAAUGAACUGGAUGUUUUGGAAGACAACUAUAGUAACAGACGAUCGCUUGUAGCGGCGUAAAAAUUAUACGAGCCCUGAAAACACCUACAACGAAAGGAAUACUCGUACCAUAGAAUAAGGAAUAAUACUACGUAUAAAACAGCAACUCUCCGCUCCCCACCAGCGUCUGAGAUAGGUUUAUUACUGUCAUCUACUUUAUUUACCACCAUAAUACAUAAACAGCCUAUAUACGUCCCACUGCUGGACACAGGCCUCCCCACAAUCAACCGGAGGGGAUAUGGAGCAUACUCCACCACGCUGCUCCACUGCGGGUUGGUGAAGGUGUUUUUACGGCUAAUAGCCGAGACCAACAGCUUAACGUGCCCUCCGAAGCACAGAAUCAUCUUACUUUUUCAGACAAUCUGAAAUCAAGCCUGAAAAGUCCUUACCAAACAAAGGACAGUCUCACAGAGUGAUUUCGAUCAUGUCCCCAUCGGGAAUCGAAUCCGGACCUCCAGAUCGUGAGCCUGACGCUCUAACCACUAGACCACGGAGGCUGUUACCACCAUAAUAACCAGGCAGUAUUAUUACUCUAGCCAUGCAAAUACUCACCUACCAAUGUAUUUCAUUUAUUCUUAUUAAUGUGUGUGUGUAUGUGGCCAUUUUGUAGAGAGCGUUCAUGGGUAAUAUAUACCCGUAUUUUAUUUUUAAUGUAAUAGGCUCGCGUUUGACCACAAUCUCACCUGAUGCUAAGUGACGAUGUGGUCUAGGGUGAAUCACGCUUACCUAACAAUAGCCUAUUCACUCUAGCCUUGAAAACUCCCAGAUUAUAACGAGUUGGAAAAACAGACGACUGCAGACAGUUCCAGUCCUUUAUCCUAAAGAGUAAUUCUAACUUGUUAUAAAAUCUAUAAUUAAAACACAUAAUAACGGGUUCUUACCGCGUUUAAAUGGGGAUAUGAGACUCCCGAUAUCGAUCUACCUACUCCACUCCAAUCUCAUCAGUCAUCCCGUGAUCAUGGCACUUGCAACAGUGUCGAAAUAUCGGGAGUCUCAUAUCCCCAUUUAAACGCGGUAAGAACCCGUUAUUAUGUGUUUUAAUUAUGAUAAUAACCGCGUAAACUUAAAACAAUGUAUAAAAUCUAAUAUCCUUAAAAAAGGGAAAAAGAUAAGAUUCUCUAGGGGGUUAGAAAGACCACAUUUAUAUGCGCAACUGUCAAAUUGCAGUAUUGCUUUUUUAGAUGAAUUGCUUCGAUGUGGCCUUUUUGACCCCUCUGGUCUGACGUUCAGGUUGCCUCCCACUUUUCCAUACAUUAUUAUUUCCCUUUGUGUUUUCAUCAACAGUUUCACAGUACCUUUAUCGAUAUUCGUUCAUCGUAUACAUAACAAUGUUCACUAUGAAUGUGUAGCAGAACACACACUGUGUGUCUUGGCCUGCAAAGUAUAUUGUAAAGUAUUGUAAAAAGUCGAUAGUGCCUAGAUUAGGAAUACAUUUCCGCCACCAAUGAAGCAAAUAAUUUGUAACAUAAACUGCCGAUUGCCUAAUACCAGUAGGUUGAUAGUUAUAAUGUUGUAGCUAUUAUUGUUUAACAGGGCUAGAGAAGUUAUGUUGCGAUGUUGAUGACCUAGCUAAUUACGUAUACAGGGUGUUAGUGACAUCGUAACGAAUACUGAGCGGGAUGAUUCAGCUCAUUAUUCUGAGUUAAUAUCAAGUGGAAUUUUCCAUCGCAAAAGUAUAGAAUUGAAAAUAUUUAAAAAACCUAAAAACAUCAUGAAUUUUGCAACGGAAAAUUCCACUUGAUAUUAACUCAGAAUCAUGGUCUGAAUCAUCCCCCUUAGUAUUCGUUACGAUGUCACUAACAACCUGUAUAAGUAAAACGAAAGCCCUUAAUUUUGUAUUAACAAAUUAAAAAAAUAAGUCGAAAAGUAGGUAUUGUGUAUUGUAAGCGGCUCAAAGGAAAGCAAGUAUGCAAUUUGGAAAAGUAGUAGAUAUUAGAUGAGAUACAGAAACAUCAUUGAGUUUUGUUACUGAGCCUCUCCAGUAAGGACAUAAUGAAGAUAAACAGGAUUGGUGGACUUUAUACAGUCAAACUGCUGUAAAAUGGCUGUUUAGAGGAGAGUAGCCAGAGUGCUUGUCGGGUCUUCAAAAAAAAAAUAGAUCAGGGUGGCCACAUCGUAGCAAUUCAUCUAAGAAAGCAAUAUUACAAUUUGACAUUUGCGCAAAUAAAAGUAAGUGCGCAAUGCAAAGAAAUGUCAAAUAGCAAUAUUGCUUUCUUAGAUGAAUUGCUUCGAUGUGGCCUUUUUAACCCCCCAGUUCCUAGUACUCUUUUUAUCACCUAGGUCAUCAAUACUGCUUCAGAAACUGCCCAGUAUCGGUAGUGUUCACUCUAGGAAGGAUAGAAUAGUAGCACUGAGAUAUUGCCUUGUUUUAAUUAUAGACAUACGCACCUAGAUAAACCAACCGCGUAGAUAGUUUUAUAGCACUCCCAAAAAUAGCGUAAGCUAGCGCUUUUAAAUUAAGUACGCUUAUAAUGAGAGUGAAGUUAGCUACAAAUUGUGAUCUCAGAUCACAAUGGAUCAAAUCUAAAAUGUUCCAUAAGGGCUUUUUAUUACACCUACCUGUCCGACAGGCUAGAGGUGUCAAGGUCACAGGUGGUUACUAUGGUUACUCCCACAACGAACUCGCUUGUAAUCGUGGUAACUAUGGUUACGACCCGCCGUUUUGCUAGACUACACGAUCUGAUCGGUAAACGGGAGUUGGUGGGGAGUAACCAUGGUAACCACCGUGACCUUGCUGCAUCCAGCCUGUCGGACAGGCCCUUAUAGGGCUAUAGCCUAUCAAUCGCGAUUGAUGGGAAGUUAUCUCUCCGUAAUCCAUUGAUUCUGGAUUACUUGAAAGGUAUUCCAAAGCUGCCGCGAAUAUUGCGUCUAACUCAUAAUUUUAAUGUAAAAAUAUAUUGAACAAAUUACUUUAACUAAAAAAAAUAAGAUUUGUAACAUAAUUGGGAAAUAUAUAAUUUUACUAUAAGUGUUGUUUUUAAAACACCGCAUAGAGCAUUUAUUGAAAAGUCUAGAUUUUUUUAGUAUCUGGUGUAACCUUGGGUUACAACAAGUCUGUAAUUUUUCUGUGUGACUACUAUUCGCGAACUAACACACAUAAUUGUAGAAUUAAAUUGAAUUUGUCUAUACUUGGCUCAUGUGACGGGCACAGGCACACAUUAUUGUUCUUUCAUGUAAAAAGAGAAAUAAAAUCACUCCACCCGGUCUCAACCAUGGAUACCCAAUUGAAGUAAUCCACGAUACAGUUUCACACGAAAAAUUGCAGAUAGUGGCAAGUGAAAUGAAAGGAAGCUACAAACAAUGCAUUUCUAGCGUAGCGUUCAAUACGUGACCAUGACAGUAAGCUUUAGUUAGCUGUAAAUUAGGCUAGUUAUAUUUAUUGCGGUAUCAAAUACGGUUUCUGAUGGCAACACUAGAGGCUACGUCGAAGAACUAAGGGGUUCUCCUCCGUUCCUAAAUUGCCUUGCGUCCAACUCAAUAUACAUCAGAGGUAUUGUCCAUCUUCAGAAGCAAUAAGCCCUUUACAACUUGUCAUCAGAAAUAUUGUUAAGGUAUACAGGCUAUGAUGUAACAAACGACAUUUAAGACAUAAAAAAAAUAUUGAAAGUCUUUGAAUUUACUAAUGUCGAACAUUCUCCAUUAAGUGGUCAGUCAGUCUGCGAAUAGCUGAAUCUAUCUGUAUACCUAUACGACGUAAGCAUAAAGUUAUAUUGUUAGUAAUAAUUGACGCUCUCUCGUAGAUUCUAAAGCCAAAUAUGGAUGAGAAAUUAAUAUAAAAAUAACUAUAUUACGAUUAUACAUAAUAAAUAAUAUACAAAAAGGAGUCUUCGCUAUUUUAUAUUACGCGUAUCGCCGUCUAAGAAGUUGUUUUAAAAAACUAACAAGCUAGAAGUGUGAAUAAGGCGUAAAAUGAUUUAAUUUACAAACAAAUAAACAUUAAAAGCUGAAGGCCCUAAUAAUCAUUAGAUAGGAUCAUCACAUUUGCUCACUUUAAGUUAUACAAAUAUUUAGCUAGUCUUAAGAUAAUCUAAUCAGAUGUGUUUUUAUCAUUUGUUAUUCAAUAUUUUAAAUGCACAAUUAACCUCCAGAAAUUAAAUCAGCGCUAACAAAUUAUAUUUUAAUCGACAUCUUUUUUGUUUGGGAUCUCUCUUAUUUCCUAUUGGAAACCUUUGUAUAUUAGAACUGGAUCAUGGCCCAGAUUCCAGCAGAUACCUCCUAAUUUAAUUUUAUGUACCUGUCAUUUUCUUGUCCGCCGAAAAGAAAAAGAACAGAUAAUGAAUCAAUGAAUAACGCGGGUGAAUCAAAUAGGCAUCUCGCUGAUAUGCAACCCGUUUGACGUAUGCUAUCAACUUAAUUCUAUAGGCCUAUUGGCAAAUGUAAAAUUUUGAGGUUGAUUUCUACAUAUAAAAUUGACGCGUGUCCAUAAAUUUCCCGUCCUGUCUGCCUGGCUCGUUCCUUUUCACCGGAUAAGAAAAAGACUUAAAAAUUAGACGGUGUGUACUGGAAUUAGAACCAUUAUUUUACAAAUUGGUUCACUGUAAUUAAUAAUUGUGAUGAAAAUUAUAACUUUCUUAUUGAUAUUUUUUUAUUUUAUAUUUCAUGAUCUUCCGGCAGCUAAUUAUUUUCCACCGAUCCAAAUCAUCCGUCCUUGAAAAUAUAAUGUAUGUUAACAUGUUUAAUUUUAAUCAGUAAGCAGAUAAUUAUUUCGUAACAUUAUUGCUGCCAUUGAACAUAAUGCUCUUCAUUCAUAAGUUUCAUAACUUAUUCACAAUACAGCAGCUCUAUGAUGGACUCAAAUUUGUUUGACGUGCAAUAUUGUGAAGUGUUUAUUUAUUAAACAAUUGAAAAUUA